AUGGACGAGAGUGAGAACGAAGAAAAUGUAUCUUCAAAUGAUACCGGUGACAAUAAUGAUAAGGACCUAGUUGACGUUAAUAAAAUUCUUCAAUUACUUGGACAAUUUAUUAAUAAUUCAUCAUAUGAGUCGAAUGAACAAACUGAUCAAUCGAGCUCAGUAUUCGAUGAAUUACUAAAUAAAUUAAAACAACUUCAUGAUAAUAAAGAUAAUCACGAAAAUUUUAUUCGUCAAAUUGUACCAUUAUGUAAUGAACUUAUCAAUACAAUUAAGAAAGCAGAUUUUACUGAUCCUGGUGAAGUUCAAACUUUUCAUGAAACAAUCGUUCAAAUGGCUACCAUAUUUGAUAUACUUAUAACUAUAAAAGAUCAAAAAUUUCUUAUUCGAGGACUUUUCUUUGAUACACUUGAUCUACUUUAUAAAAAAGAAAUUUAUUCAUGUUUCAAUGAUAAACGAAAGACAACAGCAACAACUAUUAGAGCUUAUAAAUGCGUUAUUAUCAUAUUAAUAUGUUUUCUUACCGUAAUCAUAAAUAUCGUUUCAUUUGUAAAAGUUGAUGCUGAUACACAAAAAUACGCUAAUUUAUUUACUUCGAUGUACCAAAAAGUGAUACAUGAUAUACAAUUGAUUGAUCAAAAGAAAGAAAUAGCAGAAAUCGAUAAGAAUAUAACAACAUACAUUUUUUCAUUUUUUUGGAAUCUUGCUGAUAAGACAGUGAUGGUACCAUUAUUUCUUAAUAUUGGUCUGACAAAAGCGAUUCUUCAUUGUUUCAAAGCGAAAAACUUAUCCACAGAAACAUUUCGACAAUUGAUCAAUGUCAUUCAUAAUAUAUCUCGGCAUGAUAAUGGUGCUGAUGAACUAAACAAAUUAAAUAGUCUUCCUAUGCUUAAAGAUAUGCAGAGUAAAUAUGGUAGUUUAUGGGUCGAACAAGAAAAUCUUCUCAUAUCAAUGACCAUUGUUCUCCUUUCGACUCCUCAACAAAUACGUGAAGAUAACAAACGAGUGCAUAAAAUCCUUGAUCUACUCUUACAAACUGUAGUCGAUGCAACGAAGCAAGAUAACUUUCGAAGUACAGAAGGUUUCCAUGUGUCUGAACCUUUAGCUGUAUUUACGAAAUUGUUUACGGAUGAUCGUUCAUUAAAGUAUGUUCUUGAUGAAGCAAAAUCAGAUCCACAACUCAAUGCAUCCGAGAAAAUAAAACUCUUCAUAGAUUUAUUCAUGAAAUUUCGUCAUGCACUAGAUGAAAAAAAUGAAAUCGAACAAUUUACAUGCAUAGCUCUUUUAAAUAUUCUAUGGAGUAUUUCGUUUCAUGAUGAAUAUACACAAACUCUUCAAAAUAAUCAAACUUUCUUAAAGACAGUUGAAGAUAUAAGUAAAAAUUAUAGUGAAGAUGCUACUGAUCAUUAUGCACCACGUUCAAUGGAAAGCUUCAACAAAGCUGCAAAUAGUAUUCUCGAUAAUCUUGAUGAAACACUCGAUAAUAAACAACCAGAUAUUAUCGAUCGAUCAGUACCUGCGAAAAUUGAAAACAAGAAGCCAAUGAUUAUGAUCAGUUAUUCUCACGAUGACAAAAAUUUUUGUUAUGAAAUAUUGGCUGAACUUGGAAAGAAGAUAGAUCUUUUUCGUAUAUGGAUCGAUCGAGAUUAUCUUAAAUCGAAUGAAGAUUUAUGGGAGAAAAUUGCUCGUGCAAUUAAAGAAUCAAAAAUUGUUCUACUUAUACUUUCGCAAAAAUAUUAUGCUAGUAAAUCGUGUCGAAAUGAAGCUACUUAUGCAAUUAAACGUAAUAAAUCUAUCAUUCCAGUCUACAUUGGUGAACCUGGUGAUUGUGAUUGGUUAGGUAUGUUCUGUUUGCUUAAUUUGCAUAUUUCUGUAUAUGAGUCCUAUUCAUUUUGCCUAUGAAAAUACGUCUAGAAGUUUUACUGACAUAAAACAGGAUAUUCAAAACGAAUAGGAGACGUUAAAUCCAUUAUAGACAAGAGAUUGAAAAUUUUACUCAUAUGCUUGAAUCUUCUCAAAUAUACUCAAAUGUUUAGCAUCAGCUUGAUGAAGGAAAAACUGAGCGUUGAACUCUGAUAAUGCUAGAGAAAAAUUGCUAAGUUAGUUUUCUCAUCGACGAAUUGUUUAAAGAUCCAUUCAUGUUAUAAUCAAUCUAGUACUCGUUUUCGACAGUUGGGCGUAAAAAUAUAGAAAUCAUGUUGAUAGAAAAAGUCGCUGUUAAAUAUUCAAGAGAGUUAUGAGAGGAAAAGCCAAGGGGGAAAAAGCGGAUCCUGCUGAAUCCUAGGAUCCAACAGGAUCGAUAGGAUCCAACAGGAUCCAACAGGAUCCAAUAGGACCCAAUAGGAUCCAACAGGAUCCAUAGGAUCCAACAGGAUCCAUAGGAUCCAACAGGAUCCAUAGGAUCCAACAGGAUCCAAUAUGAUCCAAAAAAACUGAGCAAAAAAAGGAGGAAUUGGUCGUAGGAUUUUCGACUAGGGAGCAAGAGUGAGCUUAUGAGAUUGACAUAUUGGAGAAUUCCGAUGAACUCUGCUAGGUUCCGAUGAAUUUUGCGAUACUUAAAAAUCAAGUAGGAUCCAACAUAGGAGUGUACAGCUUACGCUCACGCUCAUGAGCGUCAGCGUUAUAUUCCUAAUUAUUAUUACUUUUAUUAUUUAUUACCAGCAAUAAAGUAACAAAAAUUUGAAACUAAUAAAAGUAACAACUGAUAAGUAAUAACGAGUAAUAAUUAUUACCGUAAUAAAUACCGACCCAAAAAUAGUACUUAGAAUUUUUUAGAAUCUAUCCAGGAGGAUUCUUUAUAACUACUUGUGACCUACCUGGAGAUAGUACUUAGAAGCUUCCAGGAUCGGGACAGGACUGGUCCCUCUAGCUAUUAGGAACCUACCUAGAGGUGGUACCUAUAACUUUUUUGAGCCUGGCCAGAGGUGGUAAUUAGAAGUUCUAAGGACUCAGCCAGAGGGAGUAGUUAGAAGUUUUAGGACCUAUCCAGAGGUAGUUCCUUUAGCUGCUUUGGAUUUACUUAGAGGUGAUACUUAGAACUUUUAAGGAACUACUAAGGGAUGAUUCCUGUACCUUUUGGGAACCUACCCCAGGAUGGUAAUUAGAACUAUGUAAGACGUUCCAAGGGCUGAUCUGUGCAACGUUUUGGGACAUAUGUAGCGACGCCCCUUGUAUUCCUCUGCAUCCUGUGUGGGAGGGAUUCUUAUAACUUAUUCAGUCGUAACAAAGGAUGCACUGAGACCAAGACCAACCCGCGACUCUCGAUCUCGGUCUCGGUCUCGGUCUCAGUCAGUCUCGGCUUUUAGUGCCGAUAAGUGUCGGCCUCAGUACCAAUUAAUCUUAGUCUCCUUCUUGGCUAUAUUCAAUCACAACAGCAAUUUCAGUCUUGAUCUUGGUAACUUGGUGUCGAUCCCAAAGAGACUAUAUGAAAGGAAGACUGGUAAUUCCACAAUUUUUCAUUCCACAAAAUCGGAACUGAGUAACAUUUUCCCAUUUAUGGUGGUACUUUUCUGAGAUUUUUUUUGUUGGGUCAGAACUUUGAAAUCUGACUUGAAAAAUUGUUGU